UAUAACUCAGCAACCUUGCCAACCAGCGCUUCGCUCUGGUUGCCUCAAUGACGGGCAAUUGUCCCAGUCAUUGCCAAUCAAAGAGACAGGCCUUUGCUUUGGCCUCCUUUAUGAUCUAAUGCAAUAUCACGCCGGCCACCAUGAGUAUCCCUCGCUUUUCUUCCGCAUCGUCUGGGGCCGCCUUUGGACACCUUCUCUCCUAGAUCCAACGGUUGAUGUAUGCAAGGAGUUGCUACAGGAGACGAGUCUUAUUGUCCAAUUUCAUCACACCACCGAAAGGACUGACCAUGAGCCCGCUGACGUGCAGGCCUGUGACGAUGCUUUUAAGAGCGAUGGCUUCCAACUUCCAGAACAUGAGGUUGUAGAGGUUUGGAGAUUUUAAUAUUAUUGAUCAUGAGAAGGGGAACAAUAAAG